AGAGAAGAGAAUGAUUGACCCCACAGAAGGAAUAAAACAGGCUGUAAUAGAGCUGUGAAGCUAGCUAGCGAAGGAUGAUAAUUAUUAUGAGAUAUGUAUGUUGUUCUUCUUGUUGACAUAUAGACUGGCUGUAAUAGAAUAGAAAGAAGCUUUGCUUUCAAGUUUGAUUUAGGUAGCAAUUAGCAAACUGAUCAGAUCAGAUCGAGAUGAGCUCCAUCGGUCAUCAGCAGCACCGGAGCUUCUUUACCAUUCCAACUACGAGUAAUAAUAAGCAGCUCCCUGUCUCACACUCGCGUUCUGUAGACUCCUCGGAACAUGGCCUUCGUAAACGCCUUUCUUCCUUUAACACCACUCCUGCAGCAGCAUCAGCAUCAGCAUCUGCAGUUUGGUCGUCAUUUCCCAGAUCCAAGUCCCUCUCAUCCAUGGGUGACUAUGCUGGCACCUCUAUCAAGAAUUGGUGGGACUGGACCUGGGCUUGGAUCCUCUCCAGGAAGCCCAUAUUUGCCAGAGAUCUUGAAUUGAACGAUCAGGAAACUAAGCUACUUGGUGGUUCCCACAACAGAGGCACUUGGAGACAUGUUUUCUAUAAGCUGCGAUCUGAGAUCAGAAGAUUCAUCCCACCAACUAAUUCUCAUCAUCAUCUUCCGAGGACAACACCUCAAGCCGAUUCUUAAUCAAUUAUCCUUCCUUCCUUCAAAUAAGAUCAUGUCAUCGGAAUCUACUACUUUUCGUACGGCGGGCCAGCUUCCGCAAUUCGUUUGUUCGUUCUGUUCUUAAAUAUUUUUAUUUUUUUAAUUCUUUCCAUUUAAUGUACGAUUAAUUCCUCCUGUUUGUUCUUUGUUGUCCAUAAUAACGGACGAUCUCACUCCAAGUCUAUCUGUAUACAUGCUUAUAUAUAAUUGGUAUUAUAUUCAAUAAUCUGUAUUAUGUUGUA